AAAACUGACACCCAGGAAGGAGAAGUAACUUACCCAAGGUCACCCUGCUGGUAAUGGCAGAGCUGGAAUUCGAAUUCAGUUCCGCCCGGCUCCCGAUCGCUCCCACCCCCACCCCCUUCAGUGCACAGUUACCAAGAAUUCCUGUCUUUUUUUAUCCCUGAAUCGCUGCUGCUGGCCUGAGCUGGGCAUGGGGCGUCCAGUGAUGCUGACUUUAGAGGACAAGGACGUGAAGGGAUUCACGUGGGCCAUAGCCCCCGCCUUGACCUCCUUGGGCUACCUGCUCAUACUGCUGGUCUCCAUCUUUCCCUUCUGGGUACGGCUUGUAAACGAGGAGUCCCACGAGGUGUUUUUCAGUGGCCUGUUUGAGAACUGCUUCCAUAUCAAAUGCUGGAAACCUCGACCCUUAUCAGUGCACAUCAUUCUCGGCCGCGUUUUCCUGCUGUCUGCAGUCAUCCUGUCUUUCCUCACCACCUUCAUCCUGGUGUCCUUUGCAUCUCAGCUGUUUCCGAGGACCCGGAAGCACAAUUUGGUGUCAGCCUUCAUCAGCUUCCUCACAGGCUGGCCAUGGCCCUACCCUGGGAGGCUCCCAUCACAUGAAGGAGGUGGAACGCUCACAGUGGGAAGAUCAGGGGUCUGUGCCUUCCUGGCCCUGUUGCUGCAUGCCCUGGAGAUCCAGAAUCUGAGGAUGAAGCCCAUCCCCCCCCAGAUCUCCGUGCAGUGGCCUUACUACGUCCUUGGCUUUGCCAUCGUUCUGUUCGUAGUAGCUGGUGCCAUCUGCCUCUUUCAAGAAACAACCUGCCUUAGCCGCCAUCAGUUGCCCAACUCCCGGAGUAUCGAGGAAACCCAAGGGGUCCCCCACCUGGAGAAUCUGGAGAGUUUGGGAGGAGACCUGAGCUCAAUACAAAAGGAGACACUGCUGAAGGAAGAAACGAUUAUCUAGUCCGGGAGAAUGUCCUCCACCCGUCAGCUGCAUGAGUGCCUGCGUGGGGGCCUAAGGGGCAGCCAGUCUCUGCAGCUUCUGAUGAGCUUCCCGAGUCAGAUCAGUGCUCCCCUUCCCCAUACUCACAGUGAUUCUGUCUUGCUUGUCUUUGCAAUUUAUUAAAAGUUUUUUGAAUUAUUCUG